ACACCUGUGAAGAUAUCGAGCAUACACGCCUCGUUUUUUUAACAAGUUCAUUUACUACAUUCUCAUUAUCAUAAUUCAAAAAUAAUUCUCAACUUCUCAGUGCAUUUUUACCAAAAAAUCCAAAGAAGAGACCUGAUGAUAAACAAAACGUUUGCUUGACAGCAGUCAGACACCUGGAGUUGAUUAUAAAAACAUAAGAGGUAGAAAUAUUGAGUGAACAACAGUGAAAUAAGUUUUUUGGGCGUUGUUUGAUUCACUUAAGGUGUGUCAAGAUGAUCGGGAGAUUUGUCAUUGUUGUCGUUGCACUGCAAAUAGUCACAGUUUAUGCUCAGAGAACUCCCACGAUAUCUUACAUAUCGCAAGAGCAAAUAAAAGAUAUUGGAGGAACGGUAGAGCUACACUGCUCAGUUCAAUAUGUACAGGACUAUUCUGUUGUCUGGGUGAAGUCUAGUGGCAAUGGAGACCCUGUUACCUUGUCGUCUAGGACGACUUUAAUUAUCAAGGAGAGUCGCUUUGCACUGCGUUAUGACGAAGCAACCUCCACGUUUACCCUCCAGAUAAAAGAUAUUCAAGAAAUCGACGCUGCAAUAUACCGGUGUGAAAUAAACACCUCCCUAGCAUCAAAAGUAUCAGCCCAAGUGGAGCUCCAAGUGCGUCGUCCACCUUACAUCAGUGAUAACUCGACUAGAGCAGUUGUUGUGAGUGAAACCGAGCCAGUUGAGCUAUCUUGCUUCGCUGGGGGCUAUCCAACUCCAAGAAUUUCGUGGAUCAGGGAGAACAGGGCUAUUCUGCCUACUGGGGGGUCAAUUUACAGAGGAAAUUUCCUGAAGAUAACAUCAAUCACCAAGGAAGACCGUGGUACCUACUACUGCGUAGCUGAGAAUAAAGUUGGUAAAGCUGACCGCAGAAACAUAAACGUUGAAGUUGAAUUUGCCCCUGUGAUAACAGCCCGACGUCCUCACCUGGGUCAAGCACUCCAGUACGACAUGGAUCUUGAGUGUCACGUUGAGGCAUACCCACCCCCAGCAAUUACCUGGCUGAAGGACGACGUGGUGCUGUCGAAUAAUCAGCAUUACAGUAUCUCGCACUUUGCCAAUGCUGACGAGUACACUGACACAACAAUUCGCAUCAUCACGAUCGAGAAACGACAGUACGGAGAGUAUGUCUGCAGAGCAGUUAACAAACUGGGAUCUGCCGAGACGAGGGUCAAUCUGUUCGAAACAUUAAUACCAAAUAUUAAUUACCGGGGCCUGCUGGGCUCGAGAGGCCACAGAAACGCCUUGUUUACGUGGAUGACAUGUCUCACUGGAUUAGUGGCGCUAACAAUGACAACUCCAUAGUUUAAACUUGAAAUUUCCUACUAUAAUUAACGUCGAAGAUCAGAGGUUCAAAUAGAAUUAAAUACUUUUUUACUCGAAUACAGUGGAUUGAGGGUAGCUUGUACGUAAGAAAGGGUAAAUGCUUUGACGAUAAACCCCUGAAAAAGUAUUUCCAUUAUUCGAAAUGGUGAAUUAAUCGAAUACUUGCAUUAGAUAAUCAUUAAAAUAUUUGCGUGCACGUUGAUCAGUGGGAUUUUCACUGAAUGCACGAGUCUAGGGAUCAGUUACAAGAACAAAACAAAUAAUGAGAACAAGUGAAAUUAAUUUAACAUGAGUAUAACUCCAACAACGAAUCUUAUUACUCUCCUGAAGGUUUUUUUGUACUUUUAUACCAAAUUGUGAAUCUCAUUUCAUAGAUAUUUCCAUACAUAUGUUUUUUUAUGUAUUCUUGUUUUCAGAUUGUGAUUGUGGGAAUCAAGAAGAUCAUUUUAAUUAUUUUUGAAAAAUUGGGGAAAUUAGGGAAAAUUAUAGAUAUCGUUUUUAAUGUUUGAAGUUAAUAAUGAGGAAUUGUGGAAAUUUUAAAAAUGAUGUCUUCUUUUUUCGUUUGAUCACGAAUAUGUAUUCGUAUUGUUUUGUAAGGCGUCAUUAGCUUGUAGAAUUGUAUAUUAACUUAACGGAGUCGGAUUUUUUGCACUUCAAUGCAAGGUACUUGAAAUACUCUGCACUAUGCACAGAUAUCUGUAUCACUCACAUAGAGAUUUAGGGUUUUUAAAAAUUUUACUCUUGUAAUUUGAUAAAAAUUUAUCUACUAUUUUCGAUAGUAAGAGAAUUACAUAUCUAGAGAUAUUGAUAUUCAACUAAUAUCCGUAGGCAGCUAGGUUUAUUGACCAUCUUUUUCUAAUAAAAUUUAUGCUGAAUAAUUUAACGAGAUAAUGAAACGAUUCUUCAAAUUUUAUAGGCAACACUCAUUGUCAAGAGACAAUAAUAUCAAACUCUACGAUUGAAUAAUAAAUAUUGCUCAGUUUCUUCCAAAAAUGUUUUAUUCAUCACCCAU